AUGUCUCAGGCGGAAUUUGAGAAAGCCGCUGCCAUGGUCAGGGAAAUGAAGGUUCCGAUCUCAGAGCAAGAAAAACUGGAGAUUUACAGUCUCUACAAACAAGCCACCAUCGGGGACAUCAACAUUCCCUGCCCUUGUGCAACCGAUGUAACAGGCAAAGCCAAAUGGGAGGCCUGGAAUGGACGCAAAGGGAUGAGCAAGGCCGAUGCCAUGAAGAAUUACAUAGCAAAAGCAGAAGAGCUGAAAAAAAAGUAUGGAGCAUAAAAUUAAGCAUUCAUAGAUAUCAGGCAGCCACAUGCCAUUAGCAGGGCUUUUGACCCAGCAUCCCUGCUAGGGAGUUUCCUCUCACCCUUAGAUCAAUGUAGCAUAGCUG